UAAAAAAGAACUUGAAGAAUUUUAUUGAUUCUCGUCUUUAAAUAUUAUUUCAUAAAAAUAUGUCUUUUAAUUUAAUAUUUAUUUAUUUACUGUUAUUAUUAUUAUCCUACACAUCUGCUCAACAAUUUCCCGGAAUAAUCACAACUCAAUUAAUAAUAAAAAUAAUAAACGCGACAUUAAAUCUCGAGUUCAAUUCCGCGGGUGAAAUUGACCAGGAUAAAUUUUCAAAAUUUCUCGAGUUCAUGGUACCCAUAAAUAAUUACAAAAUCUCAAAUUUCGAUUACGACUUUAUAGGGAACAGUUUUCAAAAAUCAUUGACGAAAUUUUAUCUUGAAAAAUUGGAAUUUAUAGAAAAUAAAUUUGAUUUGUUAGCAAGUGGGCAAGAAAACAAAAAUUUUGACAAAAUUUUAAGUAACAAUGCAGUGAAAUUAAUUAAACAUAAUGUUAAUUUUGUGAUCGAUAGACACCAUGAUAAACAUUUAAAUAAUUUUCAUUAUUAUUAUUUAGUUGAUCAAAUUUUCGAAAUUAUCACAAAAAAUUGGAGAUUUGAGCCAUGUGGAUCGACACUUUGGGAAAAAAUACUGGACACUUACAACCUUGGAACGCGGGGAAUCAUUAAAGCCUACACAUUAAUAAUUUUGUCACUGAAAUACAAAAAAAUAAUAAAUUCCCAAAUUCUUUAUUACGAUAGAAGAAUUGAAAGAACUGUAAAAGAAUAUAAGAAACUAAUUAUACGAAUAAGUAAAAGUACACGUCAUUAUAUGAAGGAAUACAAUAAUUAUAAAAAUAAAGUUCACUGGAAUUGUGCGCCGUUUGAGUGGAAAUCAGGAUCACAUUACGAUAAUUUCACUACAAUGGAAAUGAUGUUUAGUGACAAUAAAUUUUUAUUAACACAUAAAAUUUAUUUUAAUCGAUAUCCGAGAGUUAGUACUAACGUCCGAUGUGCUGACAUAGAAAACAAUGAAGUGGUAACUGGAUUAAAAUUAGAAAUGUAUAAUAAUAUUCUAUAUCCAGUAAUUCAAGUAGGAAAACUAGAAAAUAGCUCAAUACAAUUAUCAAGCGUUUACUGGAAGCCAAUAAAUUAUUCUUCUGAUAACAAUGACACUGUUUUAAUCAACGUAUUUAAUAACAUAACAUAUUUCAAACUGGGAGGUAUUAAAUUACCCCCACGCCAUGUUGCAACAGGAGUUAAAUUUCUUUUCAUAAACGACACAGUGACUUUGACAGUGGGCGGAAGUAAAGUGAACAGUGACGAUAAUCCUAGAUCAUUGACCAAGAUCAGGUGGUUCGAUGAAGUAAACAUAGAUAAUUGCGUCGAAUUUUUCGAGAUAAUUGACGAUGACGCGAACGCGGAUGCAGCGAUCGAACCGUUUUUCGACUCGCGUAAAUUGAUAACGUACCCGCCGAUGCCCAUUGGUGGGAUUGGCCUACAUCAGCAUUUGGAUGGAAAUAAUGACAUUAUUAUUAAUAAUAAUAAUGAUAAAAAAUUGGGCAUAAUUUCUCCUUAUUUUGUAAAUUAUGAUUAUUUGAGAUUUUUUACACCGGAAAUAUUCGCGGAAUUUCAUGAAAUUGUUUUUUAAAAUUUUAUUAUUAUUAUUAGUUAUUAAUUUUAUCAGCUGGUAAUUGAUAACUGACUUGUAUGCCUAUGAAAUUAAUUAAUAAA